CGUUCCCAAGGCUCGAUGACACACUCUGCAUGGCUACUCAUUUCGGUUCCUCGUUUUCUUCCUUCUCGUCGUCGUCGUCGUCGUCGUCGGGUCUCGCUGCUCCAUCUCCAUUGCACGAGACCGUUCCACUCUUCGAUAGAUCUAUCAUUUUCCCGAGAAAAUCCUGGCUUUCUCGGAUUCGAUUGAGAUUCUUCGCCAAGAAGCACUUUCACCUCGAUUCCACAAAUGGGUCUCCGCCAAAUUUCGCGUCUUUGCAGGAAUCUGGAGACCAUCUUACAGAAGAACAUGCCGUGUCUCAAGGGAAAGACGGUUUCUUCGAAGAACCGAAAACAGAGUCUACUCUUAGUAUUACAGUGGUUGGAGCUUCUGGGGACCUGGCCAAGAAGAAAAUCUUCCCUGCUUUGUUUGCUCUCUUUUACGAUGAUUGGCUUCCUGAGAACUUCUCUGUUUUCGGAUUUGCUCGAACAAAACUCACCGACGAGGAGCUUAGGAACAUGAUCAGCAAAACAUUGACAUGCCGUAUAGAUCAGAGGGAAAAUUGUGAAGACAAGAUGGAUCAGUUCUUAAGGAGAUGUUUUUACCAUUCGGGUCAGUAUAACUCUGAAGAAGAUUUCGCCGAGCUCAACAGAAAGCUUAAAGAGAAAGAGGAUGGGAGACUAUCGAACAGGUUGUUCUACCUAUCGAUACCUCCAAACAUAUUCGUCGAUGUGGUCAGGUGUGCUAGUGUCAAAGCUUCCUCAUCAAGUGGCUGGACUCGGGUCAUCGUCGAAAAGCCAUUUGGCCGUGACUCUGGAUCAUCUGCAGAGUUAACGCGAUGUUUGAAACAGUAUCUCACUGAGGAUCAAAUCUUCAGGAUUGAUCACUACUUGGGUAAGGAGCUCGUGGAGAACCUUUCUGUGCUUCGGUUCUCGAAUCUUGUCUUCGAGCCUCUAUGGUCGAGGAACUAUAUACGCAAUGUGCAACUGAUCUUUUCUGAAGAUUUCGGGACAGAAGGGCGUGGCGGUUACUUUGAUCAGUACGGAAUCAUAAGAGACAUAAUGCAGAAUCAUCUCUUACAAAUACUGGCACUAUUUGCAAUGGAGACUCCCGUCAGCUUAGAUGCAGAGGACAUCCGAACCGAAAAGGUGAAAGUUUUGAGAUCGAUGAAGCCAUUACAGCUCGAAGAUGUGAUCAUUGGCCAAUACAAGGGUCACAGCAAAGGUGGUAAAUCAUACCCGUGUUACACUGAUGACCCGACAGUCCCGAAAAACAGUCUUACGCCGACAUUUGCAGCCGCAGCUAUGUUCAUAAACAACGCGAGAUGGGACGGGGUCCCGUUCCUUAUGAAAGCGGGGAAAGCUCUCCAUACCAGACGGGCAGAGAUCAGAGUUCAGUUCAGGCAUGUUCCUGGUAACUUGUACAAGAGCAUUGUCGGAACGGAUUUAGACAAAGCAACUAAUGAACUAGUGAUCAGAGUUCAACCAGAUGAAUCCAUAUACCUGAAGAUCAACAACAAAGUUCCGGGCCUCGGGAUGAGACUGGAUCGAAGUGACCUCAAUCUGCUAUACCGAGCAAGGUACCCGAGAGAAAUACCGGAUGCAUACGAAAGGCUACUUCUGGACGCCAUUGAAGGGGAAAGGAGAUUGUUCAUCAGAAGCGACGAGCUUGAUGCUGCCUGGGCGUUAUUCACGCCGGCAUUGAGGGAACUGGAAGAGAAGAAAAUGGUGCCUGAGCUUUACCCGUACGGAAGCAGAGGUCCUGUCGGGGCGCAUUAUCUCGCUUCCAAGUACAACGUUAGAUGGGGUGAUGUCGGUGGCGAUGAAGACAACUUGUGAAGGAGAAUGUUACGGAUUUUCGAAGUGGGAUUUCGGGUGUUUGACCGUUGACGUCUGAUGAUGGAGCAAAUAAGUCAGGUUUGUGCUUAAGACAUAAUUAAGACCGUGAAGUGUAUUGGUUCCAAGUUGUACGUCCGUACCGUACCCUUGCCGAAUCAAACUUCCUUUCGAACCUUCUAGAACGUUCCUGUGACCCGACCCAUCCAAAUAAAUAUUCUGUUGGCAAAUA